AUGCAACAGAUGCAACAGCAGAAUCUGAUGAUGAUGCAGAUGAUGCAGGGUAUGCAGGGACAACAACCUCCUGCUCCAGUUCCUGUUCCACAAGCUCCAACAGGGCCAGAUUUUCGUGCUUUCUUCAGGAUGGAUCCUCCAGAAUUUGCAGGUAGUCUAGACCCAGUGGUAGCUCAUGAUUGGUUGGCUAGUAUGGAGAGGAUAUUUCAGGAAAUUCAGUGUAAUGAAGAAGAGAAGGUGAUUUUUGCUACUCAGAAGAUGAAAGGACCAGCUCUUAGGUGGUGGAAUACUGCAUCUACCUAUUUCACUACCCAGGAGAUCCCUAAAGACUGGCAUCAUUUCAAGGCGGCAUUUCUGGAGAAGUAUUUCCCUAACAGUGUUCGAACCCAAAGAGAAAGAGAAUUCCAGAAUUUCAAGCAAGGCAACUUGUCUGUUUCCGAGUAUGCUGAAAAGUUUGAAGACAUGGCUGAUUACUCACGACAGGCUGUUUAUGCUCCUGAUGAGUUAUGGAAGAUUGAUCAAUUCUUGAUGGGUUUGAGGGCCGACAUUGCUCAUAGUGUAUCCCAGAGGGAGUUUACUACUUAUGCUGAAUGUUUGAGAUGUGGCGAGUCGGGUCACAAAUCCCCGUUUUGUCCAAAGAAGAAAGAUCAGGAGAGGACUACAGGUCGUGUUUAUGUCUUAGAUGCAAGAAAGGCCAAAGGAAACAACAAUCUCAUCGCAGUUACUCCAUUACCCGAUCCUAUGGUCAUUUCUUCGGCAACAGAUGAUACCGUGGAGGCUCGACUGAUUUGUAAGGAUUGUUCAGUAUCUUUUAAUGGCUGUGACUUUCCGAUCGAUCUAAUUUGUUUACCUCUUAAGAGACUUGAUGUCAUUCUUGGAAUGGAUUGGUUGUCUCUUAAUUCGGUAUAUAUUGGUUGCAAGGAAAAAGCCAUAUUCAUUCCUGCUAAAGAAACAUCCUCCGAUGAUGCAAUUACCAAGUGGAUUGAAGGUACGAUCAGCGCGGUCAAUUAUCUCUUUUCACAAGAAAGAUCUUUUCUUUUGGUUCUUUCCGAGGAACCCUCCGUGAGAGUGGUAUUGUCGGAGAUACCUGUAGUGUGCGAAUAUCCUGAUGUCUUUCCUGAGGAUAUCACUUCUCUUCCUCCGGAAAGGGAAGCGGAAUUCUCAAUUGAUCUUAUUCCUGGUACUGCCCCAGUUUCUAUCACUCCAUAUAGGAUGUCUCCUAUUGAACUCAGAGAACUGAAGAGCCAGCUAGAAGAGCUUCUAGCUAAGCAUUUUAUUCGGCCCAGUGUUUCUCCAUGGGGAGCGCCUAUUCUAUUGGUGAAAAAGAAGGAUGGGAGUAUGCGUUUGUGCAUCGACUAUCGUCAGCUGAAUAAGUUUGUAGUGAUCUUCAUUGAUGACAUCUUGGUGUAUUCACGUUCUCCGGAAGAACACGUAGAGCAUUUGCGGAUUGUGUUAUCUACUCUUCGAGAGAAGCAAUUGUAUGCCAAGUUCAGUAAGUGUGAAUUCUGGCUAUCCGAAGUAAGUUUCCUUGGUCACGUCAUCUCAGGAGGAGGCGUGGCAGUAGAUCCUUCUAAAGUAGAAGCGGUGGUGAAUUGGGAUCGACCGAAGAGUGUGACAGAAGUCAGAAGUUUCCUGGGUUUGGCAGGUUAUUACCGGAGAUUUAUCAUGGGAUUCGCUAAACUAGCAUUACCAUUGACAAGACUUACUCGGAAGGAGGUUGCAUUUGAGUGGGACUCUGAAUGUGAGGAGAGUUUUCAGAAACUUAAGAAGAAGUUGACUACUGCACCUGUACUAGUGAUUCCAGACCCAGACCGAUCUUACGAAGUGUUCUAUGAUGCUUCUAAGAAAGGUUUAGGCGGAGUAUUGAUGCAAGACGGUAAAGUCGUGGCUUAUGCGUCUCGACAAUUGAAAUCUCAUGAAGAGAAUUACCCUACUCAUGAUCUUGAGCUUGCGGCAAUAGUCUUUGCGCUUAAAGUGUGGUGA